AUGACGUCUUCGAACUUGAGCAAGAACUGGCAACUGAGCGCUUACGAACUCCAACGACUCCCCCACAAGUUGGUGACAGACGAUACGGAGGUAAUCGUUGGCGACGAAAGCUAUGUCCCGGAUUUCACGUGCCCCAUCUGCUUAGGCUUGUUCAGGAAAACUGUGGCGACGGACUGCCUUCACCGCUUUUGCGAGGAGUGCAUCACCACAUCGCUGCGCAGGUGCAAAAAGGAAUGCCCGACAUGCCGUCGUAAGCUCGUCUCGAAGCGGUCGCUGCGGCGUGACUACCGCAUGGAUGCCAUGAUCGCCGCGCUUCUCCCCAACUACGACGAAGACGGCGCGUCGUCAGCCGAGCGCGCGACUGCUUCGCAAGGCGGCCAGCUUCGCGAAGGCGUGAAACGCGGUGUUCCAAAGCAAGCAUGUGAGCAGAGCAUCGUCAAAGACAGUGACGUUGGCCAGAAGCACUGCGUUAAGAAGGCUCGCUGCGAGACGAUCUCGACGGCGAUUGGGAACGAUUUGGCUCCGACGACGGCUAACACGGGUUGUGUCGAAGUGAAAGCAAACGUUCCGAAAGUAUCGGCACUGACUUCGCCAACGGCACAGCGAAGGUAUUUGUACGUAUUCCAGCAGCCUCGGCAGGUAGGCCGUGUAUCACAGGCGUUCGCGGCAGGCGCCGACGGCGUCGCUCGUAAGGGAUCGGACUACCGGUUGACCUCGCGACUCCCCGAGGGGUCCCAGGAGCCGAACGCUGGCGCUCGCCGUGUUGAUGCCAGGGUUCUCGGAGAAGGUGUCCGUCCCCUGCCACCUCCACCAAGCGUAGCAUUCGCCGGGAUAGCACGGCGGUCCGCGUCCAACGCCGUGUCCGCGGCUUCGCCGGCGCAGGUUGACCACGAUGCAACAGAUACGAGUGAAGAGGCAAGCCGCGUGACUUCGGCACAACGCAGCGAGCUGAUUCAGUCGGAGAAUUUCCACGCAGACACUGGUGAGACGUCCGAAGAUGCGAGAGGCAAAUCAGCAACCGAUGCGGCCGCCAUGCCUACCGCCGCUGCUAACCGCGAAUCAUCCAGCACGGCCUUCGCGCCACGGCGUAUCCGCGACUACGUAAUGACGCUGAAGCCGCACCUCGACACUUUCUUGGUAAACGCCGAGUCCCCGAUGCUGCGUUUGAGAAUGACGGCGCAGAUCACGAUGGAGGAUGUCGCCGCGCACCUCAGACGUCGUCUUUCUCCUGACAGCGUGAAUCGUAACGACCAGCGAUUACCGAUGUACCGCAUAUACGCGGCCAACGAGUCGGGCGAGGUAGUUGUACUCCCUGAUACGAUGACGGUGCAGGAUGCCGUUAAGAGAAUGAUUAAAGACGGUGCGCGGCUUGAACUGUACUACGCGCAGCAGAAGCCUUGA